AUGCAAAUCUUCGUAAAAACUCUCACUGGAAAAACUAUCAGACUUGAAGUCGAAGCAAGCGACACGAUUGAAAAUGUCAAAGUCAAAAUCCAAGAUAAAGAAGAUAUUCCACCUGAUCAACAACGUCUCAUUUUUGCCGGUAAACAACUCGAAGAUGGCCGUACACUCAGUGAUUACAAUAUCCAAAGAGAAAGUACUCUUCACUUAGUUCUUCGAUUACGUGGUGGUAUGCAAAUUUUCGUGAAAACUAUCACUGGCAGAAUAAUAACACUCGAAGCUGAACCAAGUGAACCAAUCGAGAAUGUCAAAGCCAUAAUCGCUGAUAAAGAAGGCAUUCCACCUGAUCAACAACGUCUUGUCUUUGCCGGUAAAAAACUCGAAAACGGCCGUACACUCAAUGAUUACAAUAUCCAAAAAGAAAGCACUCUUCACUUAAUUCUUCCAUUAUGUGGUGGUGCUCAAUAA